AUGUAUACCUCCAAACUAAGCAGAAACAAUAGUAAUAUGUUAAUUAUGAAACAUUUCCAGGGCUCGGCGGAUUCGAACUACUCGCAGCCUUCAUCGGAACUAUCGUUGGACGAGGGGAAGGAGGCCCAGCGACGGGAGAAGGAAGCUCAGGCUAUAUCACAACUGGAUAAGGCACGGUCCAAGCCGGUAGCGUUCGCGGUCCGUACAAACGUGGCGUACGAUGGCACCGCGGACGACGACUCCCCGGUCCACGGCAGCGCCAUCUCCUUCGACGUGCGGGACUUCCUACACAUUAAGGAGAAGUAUGACAACAACUGGUGGAUCGGUCGCCUGGUGAGGGAGGGUUGCGACGUCGGCUUCAUCCCUUCCCCCGUGAAGCUGGAGGCGGUCCGCGCGGGGCUGGCCGCCCGCCGCUACCCCCGCCCGCCCUCCGCCGGCGCGCCCCUUCCCAGCAGAGGUAGCACACCCCCCACGCCCGGCGAGGACUCGGACUCAGCGGGGCGCGGCCGCGGGGCGCCGCCCGCCGGGAAGGAGAAAAGGAAGCCGUUCUUCAAGAAGCAGGAAGCCUGCACCCCCUACGACGUGGUGCCCUCCAUGAGGCCCGUGGUGCUCGUGGGGCCCUCGCUCAAGGGCUACGAGGUCACGGACAUGAUGCAGAAGGCCUUGUUCGACUUCCUCAAGAGAAGGUUCGAGGGCAGGAUAAUAAUAACCCGUGUGAUGGCGGACAUAUCGCUAGCGAAGCGGUCGCUUCUGAACAACGCCUCGAAGCGGGCGAUCGUGGAGCGAUCCAACUCGCGCUCCACUUGCCUCGCGGAAGUGCAGACGGAGAUCGAGCGUAUCUUCGACCUGGCGCGAACCCUGCAGCUGGUGGUGCUGGACUGUGACACCAUCAACCAUCCCUCGCAGCUCGCCAAGACCUCGCUCGCGCCCAUCAUAGUCUACCUCAAGAUCACCAGCCCCAAGGUCCUCCAGCGGUUAAUAAAGUCCCGCGGGAAGGGUCAGAGCAAGAACCUGUCGGUGCAGAUGGUGGCGGCGGAGAAGCUGUCCCAGUGUCCGUCGGAGAUGUUCGACGUGACGCUGGACGAGAACCAGCUCGAGGACGCCUGCGACCACAUCGCCGAGUACCUGGAGGGCUACUGGGCGGACACCCACCCGCCCGUCGUGGAGCCCGCCGCCCGACCUCCGCACGCCUCACACGCGCCUCUACCGCACCCGCACUCACACACGCACGCGCACGCGCACACACACCACGCGCAACCUGGUUAUUCAAGCCGAGGCCAAACGCUGUCUGAGUAUCCGUCAGGUACCGACCUGUUUAGAUGUCGUCUCGUCUCCUACGAGAGGGGACGAGGGCGAGCCCGCGCGCCGAGGCCGGAGCGGCUGGAGGAGGAGUACUACCCUCGUGAACACUACCAGCGGUACCCGCGGGACUACUCCAGGGACUACCACGAGGGCUACUCGCACGACUACCCGCACGGCGAGCCCUACGACCGCGAGGCUUACGGCCACGACUACACGCGGGACUACGGCCGGGAGCCCUACGGCCGGGAGUCCUACGGCGGCGGGCGGGAGGAGCGACCCGCGCGGCCACGGGAGCGUGAGCCCUCCGACGAGUACGGAGCGUCCCGCCGUGCGCUCAACGCGGUCUAG